GCACGUCGCGUCGGUGAAAGAUCUCUCGUCGCAGUAGUUCGGGAGAACAUUUCAGUUCGGAAUUCUCACGAUCUCGAGAUUCCCUCACUCCUCGAUUCUACUCGGAAGAGGUUCGAUCGCAGCACAGAGCUUCGACCGCGAGGCCCGGUCGCCGCGAUGGAGGACGACGAGAAGUCGCCGGUCGGAGAGGAGACGAAGCAGCGGCAAGAAGCGUCGGCGGCGGCGGCGGCAGCGGAAGCUGCCAAAGCAGGCGGCGGGGGAGGAUGGGGCGGGUGGGGAUUCUCGCCGCUGUCCGUGUUCUCGGACCUCCAGAAGGCGGCCGAGGAGAUUUCGCGCAAUGCUGCUGAGGCUGCUAAAAAUGCUGCGAAGAGCAUUUCUGAUGUUCAAAACGUUGAUGAGAGCUCAGAUUCUUCCAAGGAGGAAGAAGGGGCAGAUCAGUCUGCUGUGGUAGAGGAAAAGGAGGAUGAGAGUGACCAGCGGCGGAAAUCUGCACUGGAGAAGCUGGAGAAUGCAAGUGAAGAAUCGCUUCUUGGCCAGAAAUUGAAGGCUUUUGAUAGUUCUGUGGAGAAUUUGGCUUCAGGUGCAUGGCAAGCUUUGGGAAAUGCGUGGAAAGGGGGCACUAAUCUAGUUCAUAAGCUCGAGCAUUCUGCUGUCAACCUUGCCGAAACCGUUCAGCAGGGGGGUCUACCAAGAUCACCUGGUUCUGUUGCACCAUCUUUGCUCGAGACUGGAAAAGCUUUUACUGCCAAGGGAAUUCAAGUGCUUGAGUAUGUUGGAAAGGAGACGAUAGAUCUGCUUAUCAGCGAGACUGGUAUUGAAGUUGAGAAGAAUUCUAAGGAAACUGACAAACUUACUGAGGAUGAUCAGUUGUUUGAGGAAGUCUCAUUUGAUCGCUGCUUCUACAUAUAUGGAGGUCCAGAACAGCUGGAGGAAUUGGAGGCACUAUCCAGUCACUAUGCUCUGUUAUUCAACCGAAGAAAAGCGAAGUUGCCUUCAGAACAGAAAGCUUUAUAUGAUGGAAAGCUCAAAGAAGUCCAGCAAAUGUUUAAUUUUAGUGAAGAAGUAGAUGGAGGUAAUACAGAGGUAGAUAAAGGAAAGAAAGUUGAGACUGUACCUGAAAUGAGUGAUAACGAGAUGAAGAACUUACAUGAUUCAAGUGUCAGCAAGGCUGCUGACAUGGCCACAGGAUUUACAAAUGCCAUCUCUGGAAUUUCAACCGGCGAAAUGAUUCAAAGGACUGCAAGCAGACUGGAAGCUCUUCACUCUGAAGGGGUUCAUAGGCUCUCAGAGAUGUGCUGUUUUGCGGUGACUCAACUGCUGGUGCUCGGUAAAUCAGUCAUAUCCAGCACUAACAAAGAUAAGAAUGAUGAUGACAUGGAUGUGGUGAACAUUGAAUGGCCUGAAGAUUCACUUGAAAAGGCCAAGAUUAUUAGGAUUAAGGCGCAGUCAAUGACAGUCUACGUGGAAGCAAUUUCUCGCAGCUUUAUUACUGGAAUUUCGGACGUAACUGAAGCUUAUUCAGCAGCUAUUAAAGGGGCUACUGCAGAUUCAAAUGAAGUUCCUCAUGAGGCAUCGAUCCAGCAGAAAGCCAGUGCUUUCUCAGAGCAUCUUCGGACUAAUCAGACUACAGCGGUGGGUAAAAUUCAGGACGGCCUGCAGUACCUGGCGUAUGUGGUCAUCUCAUCCUCAAUGCCAGCUCCAUGACGAACUUAUACCCAGGUCUUCGUUCAGUUUUUAUGAAAUCCAGACGCUUGUAAAUAUUUAGUCCUAGACCCGGUUAUUGCUUAAAACCUUUCUUUUACUGCUUCGCAUUUGUUUGAAUUUGGAAUUAUAGGAGCUUUUCUUUUUUUCACCGAAGUUCCUCACGAUGUCGAUUUGGUUGUGAACGUCAACCGUUGGAAUUGUACACUACCUUAUGGAUGUUAUGGCGAAGCAGAAUAAACCUCUUAAUUCGAUGUUUUGCUGUC